UCCCAAUUGGAUGGCCAGAGAGAGCGCGGAAGCAGAAGUGGCAUUUUCUCAACCUCUGUAUCCGCAUCCCAUCCGGUUUCUUGGGUCGCAUUCUCAACCACAUCUCUCUCUUCCUGCCUUUCUUCGUGUGAAAUCUACGCUCUACAAUAGUUUGUGGCCUCCUUUUUGUCCCACCCAACCUCUCCCUUCCCCUGUGUCUCUCACUCCCUGCGAUUCCAUUCCCUUGUGUUGUUCGCCUCUUAAUUCCAGAUUCUUUUAUUCCCUGAAAGCCAUUUCAAACUCUCGUUCAACGCCUGCGUAUUGGGACCCAUUCAUCUCGCUUUUUCAUGAUGUGAUUGUCUGAGACGUGCGACCAACUCUCCUGGUAUUGGGUAACGGGUUCCAAUCGAUUUAGCUUGUAUUUCGUCCGAUUCUUAUAGUGAUAGUGGAAAUCCGCUCCAAUGGGGGAUGUCGCAAAGGACUUGGCUUCUGGGACUGUUGGAGGAGCAGCACAAUUGAUUGUUGGGCACCCCUUUGACACCAUUAAGGUCAAGCUUCAGAGCCAGCCUGCUCCACUUCCAGGCCAACCUCCCAAGUAUGCAGGUGCAAUGGAUGCUGUCAGGCAAACAUUAGCUGCGGAAGGCCCAAGAGGUUUGUACAAGGGUAUGGGGGCUCCACUGGCCACUGUGGCUGCCUUCAACGCUGUCCUCUUCUCUGUAAGGGGACAAAUGGAGGCAUUAUUGCGGUCUCAACCUGGUGCCCCCCUUACGGUUAACCAGCAAAUUGUCUGUGGGGCAGGUGCUGGAGUUGCUGUUUCCUUUUUAGCUUGCCCUACUGAAUUGAUCAAGUGCAGGUUGCAAGCCCAGAGUGCAUUGGCAGGUUCCACUUCAGCCAGUCUGGCAGUGAAGUAUGGAGGACCGAUGGAUGUGGCUAGGCAUGUUCUCAGAUCAGAAGGUGGUGUGAGGGGUCUCUUCAAAGGAUUGGUUCCUACAAUGGCACGUGAGGUUCCCGGAAAUGCUGCGAUGUUUGGUGUCUAUGAAGCUCUGAAGCAGUUUUUUGCAGGUGGCCAGGACACAUCUAAAUUGGGAAGAGGCUCUUUGAUUGUGGCUGGAGGCUUAGCUGGAGCUUCCUUCUGGUUCUCAGUCUACCCAACCGAUGUUGUCAAGAGUGUAAUUCAGGUAGACGAUUACAAAAAUCCCAAGUUCUCUGGAUCAGUUAACGCAUUUAGAAAGAUCCUUGCCUCGGAGGGAGUAAAAGGUCUGUAUAAGGGGUUUGGACCUGCCAUGGCCAGAAGUGUUCCUGCAAAUGCUGCAUGCUUCUUAGCGUACGAGGUGACAAGGUCAAGUUUGGGAUAAUUGGGACUUUGGGUUUUAUUGGUAGAAUGUCUUUUUCGAUUUGUUUGGCAAUGCUGGCAUGCUCUUUGUAUUCUGUAAUUUCAUUCUGUUGCUGGAAGAAGGAUUCUUUCUCCUAUUGAUAUAUAUAGGCACCAGUUGCUAAA